UGCCCGGGACUGCGAACGGACUGCCCGGGACGCGAACGGGCUGCCGCGGCCUCGGGGAUCGCCGGCACCGGGAGCGGCCUCGGGGAUUCCCUCGGCCUCAGGGAUGCCGCUCGGGCACAGCCCCCGCCGGGCCUGACCCCGCUCGGGGCUCGGCAGGAUGGCAGCCGCGGAGGUGCCCGCGCUGGCCACGGAGCGCAGGUUCGCCCAGCGCCUCAGGGAAUGCCUGGAAGAGGAGCGGCUCCUGGACGGGCGCUACCGGCUGCAGCGGCUGCCGGGCGGCCGCGUGGCCGUGCCCGUGCUGGAGGAGAAGCUGUCGCAGCUCUGCCUGCCCGCGGAGAUGCCCUGUGAGCUGCUCCGGAUCCAGGUUGGCACAGCCGGCCGGCUGCGAGCCCCGGGCGCUGUCUGAGCCCCGGGCCCCCGCGGCACGGCCCUGCCGCAGGAUGCUGUCCCCUCCAGGGCCGCCCGCCGCCGCCCGCCGGCCCGCAGGCUGCUCCAGGAGCUGCGGCGGCUGCUGCCCGCCGGCUGGCCCGCCGAGCUGGAGCGGGACCUGCCGCACGCCUGGCAGCGCCACGGCGACCUGGUGCUGCUCAGCGAGGACAGCUUCAGCCACCCGGCCUGGGAGCGCCUGGGCCCGGAGCUCUGGGAGACGGUGGCCUCGGCUCUGGGGGCCCGGCGGGUGGCCAGGCGAGGACGGGUGAUGCCGGACGGGAUGCGGACCCCCAGCGUCACCCUGCUGCUGGGCCAGCACGGCUGGGUGGAGCGCGUGGACAACGGCAUCAGGUACACCUUCGAUGUGACCAAGUGCAUGUUCUCCCCGGGCAACAUCACGGAGAAGCUGCGUGUGGCCUCACUGCCCUGCUCCGGGGAGGUCGUAGUGGAUCUCUAUGCAGGCAUCGGCUAUUUCACGCUGCCGUUCCUGGUGCACGCGGGAGCCGCCUUUGUCCAUGCCUGUGAGUGGAACAGCCACGCCGUGGAGGCCCUGCACAGGAGCCUGGUGCUGAACGGGGUGCGGGACCGCUGCCGCAUCCACGGCGGGGACAGCCGGCAGCUGCAGCUGCGCGAUGUGGCGGACAGGGUGAACCUGGGGCUGCUUCCCAGCUCGGAGGAAGGCUGGCCGGUGGCCUGCCGCGUCCUGAAGAAGGACACGGGCGGGGUUCUGCACAUCCACCAGAACGUGGAGGCUCGCCCGGCGCACGCCGCGGUGCUGCUGGCUGAGCGGGGCUCCGCAGAGGCAGCCAGCUCCGCGGGAGAGGCGUGGCACUCGGUGGAGCACAGUGAGCAGGAGGCACUGGGGGCCAGGCUCAGACCCGAGUGGCAGCGGUGGGCUGCAGCCACGGCCGCACGGAUCCAGGGGCUGCUGGCAGAGCUGCACGGGCGGCCGUGGUGCUGCAGCGUUCUGCACAUCGAGGCAGUGAAGUCCUACGCACCACACGUGCAUCACCUCGUGCUGGACCUUGAGUGCCGGCCUGUGCUGCCCGUUUAGCGGGACAUGGGCGCCGCUGGGGCUCCAGAUCCCUUUGAAGGCUGGUGUCAAAGCACCAGGGGCAGAGAGAUGCUGCCAGUGUGUCCUGCUGCCAGCCUGGAUGUGCCUUAUGUUCCCUAGUUCCCAGGUGGCAGCACUGCCCAGCAGUGCCUCCCUGUGCCAGGGCACCCAGGGUUGUGCUCCACACGGCAGAUCCCUUCAUGAUCCAGACAAAGAUGGAGCAAGCUGGAGUGCAGAGUGCCAGUGUUCUGUCCUGGCUCUGCCAGCUGCUGCCCAGGUCUUGGACACGUGGUAGCACCUUGAGCCCCAUUUUCACACAGGAGAGAGCCACAGUGCUGAGAAACCUUGGGUUCCUGCUGGGUUCAUUUCGGCAGGUCAGGGACAAGCUUGGUGCUUGUAUUUAGCAGCAUGCUUUUUUAAUGUACUUGAAGCAAGUCUGUUCAUCCUGUUUCCUUCCUAUCUUUUUUUCAGAAAUAAAGAUGUUUCUCACCACC